AGCUGUUGUCCGUACUUAGCAUGUUAGCUAACUGUUGUUUUACUACACUCAGACCGGCUUCAACUAAUAUUUCAGAAACCUGUUCUUUGUAAAGCGCACAGUAGAAGAACGUAGGUCAUUGUGAAAAGAGCCUGUCAGAAUACGGUCUCUACCAAAGUCGCCGACAAGCUUGUAUGUUGUAUGCAUAGACUAUACCAUAUGACACGUGAGUUGCUAAACAGGUCGUUUUUGUAACACUGGGGUGUGCGCUUCUCGUUAGCCAUGCUUGAAAGUCAAACCCGCUGUCUGUCACAAUGAUAACCGAUCACAGGCCAGCGUCGGCGGUGUUGUGAUGUGCCUUUGCACCUGAAGAGCUGUGACAGACACUUCAGGCAUGACAAAAGAAGACAGCAUUUCACAUGAUCUGAACUGAUCUUGAACAGAACCAUGGCGACCAGUAUAUCUCAAUAGCCUGAAUAUGACACCCUCCUGAUCAAACCUGGUCAUUCCCAUCUCCCCCUUCCUCCUCCUCCUCCUUCUUUUCUCCCCUUCCUCCUUCUCCUACCCCCUCCUCUUCCUCACCAGCCAUGAUGCGCCUGAGAUCCCUCAGACUUGGCUUGUCGCAGCUGCGGUUCUUCCGCUUGAGCCCGGCGUCUCGGGACCAGGUGAUGGACCAGCUGCAGGCGUGCUCAGGCGAGGACCAGGUCCUGGAGGUGGUGGGGCGGCACAAGGCGAAGCUGUCGGUGGGCCACGUGGGCUGCGCCAUGGACCGGCUCUGGCACCUCCAGAAGAAGAGGCCCGAGCACCUCCGCACCAUCGACCAGGUGCGCGCACACCCGCAGUUCCUCACGCUUUGCGUGCUGGCCGAGAACAAGAUCAGCCAGAUGGACGACGACAUGGUGGUGGACGUGCUCUACGAUGCACACAGACUCGGUGUGGAAUCCCACGAUUCCCUCAUCCAGCAGUUGGUCACGGAGGCGUGGAACAGACUGGACAGAGUUGAGAUGCCCGCACUCUCCAAGUUCACGGUCAGCUUGAUUGGCCAGCACCACUAUCAUAGUACUCUGAUGGGCGAGAUCACCGAGAUUGUCAGACAGAAGCUUCACUUGAUAAACGAUGUGAGGGUGCUCUCAACCCUGAUGAGCACGGUGUCCGCUCUGGCGUCGCCUCGGCUGCAGGACGCGCUCAGCAAGAAGGCCAGCAUCCUGCUCGACUCCAUGGACGUCAACCAGUACAACAACCCACGCCGCGUGGUGCAAUUCAUGCGUUACUCCAAGCACAUGGACCGUGAGCUGCUGGAGAAGUGCAACCGCCUGCUGCUGCUCAACGUGGAGCGGAUGCACGUCCAGGACCUCUUCCUGAUCUCGGGCCUCUACCAGGGGCUGCAGUUCAACAACUGCGACUUCCGCCUGGCCUCGCGCCAGCGCCUGCUGGAGCUGGUGGACGCCAGCAGCGACCCCUUGUCCUUCGCCAAGCUCUUCGCCUUGCUCGGGCCCAUGGCCGACCAGGAGACCCGCGAAAGGCUGGAGAAUAUGGCCCUGCUCCUGGCGGACGAGCUGAGCGGCCAGCAGGCUCUGACUGUGGCUGAGACUCUGGAGGAGCUGAAUUGCAGGAACCCCCAGCUCAUCAGCAAGUUUGCCUCUGUCCUGCACAAACACCUGGACCACUACCGUCCAAUGGAGGUCGCCAGGGUGACCCAUAUCCUCACGGAGCUGCACUACCAGAGUCCUGCCUUCUAUAACCGGCUCCGCAACAUCAUGCUCCAGUUCCUGCAGACGAGCGUGUACCCGUACGAGGUGACGGCGCUGAUGCGCGUGCUCUCCCGGCUGCCGUCCCCCCGGCUGGACGACGCGGCGCUGGCCCGCGUGGAGGCCGUGCUGCCCCAGUGCAACCUCAGCGACCUCAACAACCACGCCCAGUCCAUCGCCAAGCUGCUCCGCUACGACCCCACCUACCUCCACCACGCCCCCAGCCGCUACGUCAGCCUCCUUCAGAGCCUGAUCCGCUGCGGUCACGAGAGGCUGGGCCACGCUGACCGCCUGGGGCUGCUCGUGGAAGAGCUACGGUACAUGACGGGGGAGUGGUUCGAGGAGAUGCUCCUGGAGGAGUCGGUGGCCGCGUGUCGGAGACUGGCCGACCAGAUCGCCCCGGGCAACAUGGCGGACAUGGCCGUUUUCCUGACCCGCUCCACCUACCUCAGCCCGCACCUCUUGGACCGCAUCGCCGAGGUGACCCUGGAGAACAUACAGCAGAUUCACUACUCGUCCAUGUACGCCAUCUUGGUGCCUUUCUCCUUGCUGAACUACGACACUCCCCUAGUGGACGAGAUGUUCAACGCGUGCAUUCAGCACCUCACACCACACAUCAGCUCGUUUGACCCUCACCUGCUGGUGCUGCUGGCUCACCUGCUGGCCAUGGCUGACUACUUCCCAAAGGAGAUCAUCAAGGAGAUCUUCACAGUCAACUUCCUGGGCAAGCUGGACUCCCAGUUGGAGACGCUAUCAGACACCCUGAACUGGCGGAUCCGACAGCGCCUCAUGGAGCUGAACCGGGCCGUGUGUCUGGAGUGCCCCGAGCACCAGGUGCCCUGGUUCCACGACCGCUACUGCAGACAGCAGCAGAGGAGAGGGAAUGUUUCCUACAUGUCUUCCCGUCCGAUCCAGCAGCAGAUCCUUAAGAUUCUCGGGGAGGUUCUUGGCGGGAUCGACUGCGCCCGCGUAGCCGUGGUGACCCCAUACUUCUACACUGUUGACUUUGAGUUUGUGUUGGACCGACAGGGCCAGCCCGUGCCCUACUCCGUGCCCAGCCAGCUGCAGAUGGGUGAGGAGGGCAAGGUGCAGUGGAUGUCCGACGCUACUGAGGAUGGGGCGGAGCUCCCCCCAGGACCCCAGAGAAUCGCCCUUGACUUCCUUGGCCCAAAGUCGUUCUGCAAAAACUCUCGGCAUAUCAAAGCAGAUGUCCUUUUGAAAAAAAGGCACCUUGAAAUUCUUGGAUACCAUGUCAUCCAGAUCCCUCACUAUGAAUGGAACUCUAUGGAACUGUCCACUCACGACGCCUGGCAACAGUACCUAAAGAAGAAGAUAUUCCCCGACUCACCAUGAACUUCUGACGGACAUGAAAACAUUAUGCACAUUUACAUAUACAGUAUAUGUAUUUUUUUUAUAUAUAUAUAAAGGUCAUGUAAGUCAGUGCAUUGCCACAGGUUCAUGGAUGGACAUCGUCUGAAGAUGACCACGAUUAUGAGCAAGAAGGGAAAACUGACUGGGGAUCAAUUCAUCUUGCAGUAUGAUAGUGUGACUUAUCCAAAAAAAAAAACGCCUUGGAAAAUAUAUUAUGUCUGAGUUUGAAUUCCAUGUGCUAAUAUUGAGUGUGACCCCUGUUCUAACAGCGCUACAGAAUAUUUAAUAAAAUGUCUGAUGCUCUUUUGUACACAUUUGGACAUAAUCUUUGAUUAUGCCAUUUAAAGCAGUAUAUGUGUGUAUGGCAGAGGAGGCU